CUGCCACCUCUUACAGCGCCGUUGCUGCGGGGGAUUGUGGGAGCUUCAGCGUCCCGCUCGCUUGGAGAGAGGUACCUCUCCUCUUCCCUCUCUCUCUCCUUAAGAGUUGUCUGCUGGUUCUCAGCUUGAAGAAGAUUCUACAGUCCUUAUUGAUCCUUUUUCUUGGCGUUACCAUUUUUUGAAGCAAAGUUAACCUAGUUUUCUAGUUUGAGCUUUCUUUUUGGCCAUCUUCUAAAAAAAUUUUUUUUAAUCUAUAAACUAGACAAGAGAUAGUUCUACAAUGUCCAAGUCAUUCCAGCAGUCAUCUCUCGGUAGGGACUCGCAGGGUCAUGGGCGUGACCUGUCUGCAGCAGGAAUAGGCCUUCUUGCUGCUGCUACCCAGUCUUUAAGUAUGCCAGCAUCUCUUGGAAGGAUGAACCAGGGUACUGCACGCCUUGCUAGUUUAAUGAAUCUUGGAAUGAGUUCUUCAUUGAAUCAACAAGGAGCUCAUAGUGCACUGUCUUCUGCUAGUACUUCUUCCCAUAAUUUGCAGUCUAUAUUUAACAUUGGAAGUAGAGGUCCACUCCCUUUGUCUUCUCAACACCGUGGAGAUGCAGACCAGGCCAGUAACAUUUUGGCCAGCUUUGGUCUGUCUGCUAGAGACUUAGAUGAACUGAGUCGUUAUCCAGAGGACAAGAUUACUCCUGAGAACUUGCCCCAAAUCCUUCUACAGCUUAAAAGAAGGAGAACUGAAGAAGGCCCUACAUUGAGUUAUGGUAGAGAUGGCAGAUCUGCUACACGGGAGCCACCAUACAGAGUACCUAGGGACGAUUGGGAAGAAAAGAGGCACUUUAGAAGAGAUAGUUUUGAUGAUCGUGGUCCUAGUCUCAACCCAGUGCUUGAUUAUGACCAUGGAAGUCGUUCUCAAGAAUCUGGUUAUUAUGACAGAAUGGAUUAUGAAGAUGACAGAUUAAGAGAUGGAGAAAGGUGUAGGGAUGAUUCUUUUUUUGGUGAGACCUCGCAUAACUAUCAUAAAUUUGACAGUGAGUAUGAGAGAAUGGGACGUGGUCCUGGCCCCUUACAAGAGAGAUCUCUCUUUGAGAAAAAGAGGGGCGCUCCUCCAAGUAGCAAUAUUGAAGACUUCCAUGGACUCUUACCGAAGGGUUAUCCCCAUCUGUGCUCUAUAUGUGAUUUGCCAGUUCAUUCUAAUAAGAGUAAGAAGACACCUUACCUAGUGCAAGAGGAGUGGAGUCAACAUAUCAAUGGAGCAAGUCACAGUCGUCGAUGCCAGCUUCUUCUUGAAAUCUACCCAGAAUGGAAUCCUGACAAUGAUACAGGACACACAAUGGGUGAUCCAUUCAUGUUGCAGCAAUCUACAAACCCAGCACCAGGAAUUCUGGGACCUCCGCCUCCCUCAUUUCAUCUUGGGGGACCAGCAGUUGGACCAAGAGGAAAUCUGGGUGCUGGAAAUGGAAACCUGCAAGGACCAAGACACAUGCAAAAGGGCAGAGUGGAAACUAGCCGAGUUGUUCACAUCAUGGAUUUCCAGCGAGGGAAAAACUUGAGAUAUCAACUAUUACAGCUGGUGGAACCAUUUGGAGUUAUUUCAAAUCAUCUGAUUCUAAAUAAAAUUAAUGAGGCAUUUAUUGAAAUGGCAACCACAGAAGAUGCUCAGGCUGCAGUGGAUUAUUAUACAACCACACCAGCAUUAGUAUUUGGCAAGCCAGUGAGAGUUCAUUUAUCCCAGAAGUAUAAAAGAAUAAAGAAACCUGAAGGGAAACCAGACCAGAAGUUUGAUCAAAAACAAGAGCUUGGACGUGUGAUACAUCUCAGCAAUUUACCUCAUUCUGGCUAUUCUGACAGUGCUGUCCUCAAGCUUGCUGAGCCUUAUGGGAAAAUUAAGAAUUAUAUACUGAUGAGGAUGAAAAGUCAGGCCUUUAUUGAGAUGGAGACCAGAGAAGAUGCAAUGGCAAUGGUUGACCACUGUUUGAAAAAGGCCCUUUGGUUUCAAGGGAGAUGUGUAAAAGUUGACCUGUCUGAAAAAUACAAAAAAUUGGUACUCAGGAUUCCCAACAGAGGCAUUGACUUACUGAAAAAAGAUAAGUCCCGGAAAAGAUCUUACUCUCCAGAUGGCAAAGAAUCUCCAAGUGAUAAGAAAUCCAAAACUGAUGGUUCCCAGAAGACUGAAAGUACAACCGAAGGUAAAGAACAAGAAGAGAAAUCAGGAGAAGAUGGUGAAAAAGAUACAAAGGAUGACCAGGCAGAACAAGAACCUAACAUGCUUCUUGAAUCUGAAGAUGAGCUACUUGUAGAUGAAGAAGAAGCAGCAGCACUGCUAGAAAGUGGCAGUUCAGUGGGAGAUGAGACAGAUCUUGCUAAUUUAGGGGAUGUGGCAUCUGAUGGGAAAAAGGAACCUUCAGACAAAGUUGUGAAAAAAGAUGCAAAUGCGAGUGCUUCAGCAACUGCGAAGAAAAAGCUUAAAAAGCGUCGUUUCCCAGGGAGUAUGGAAGGUUUUGUCACUCUAGAUGAGGUUGGUGAUGAGGAAGAUUCGGAACUUCAGAAACUUCGUAAAUCGGGCAUGGCAUUUAAAUCUGGUGACAAAAAUGAUGAUGGUUUGGUUGAAAUUAAGGUGGACAAGAUCGAGGAACUUGACCAAGAAAAUGAAGCAGCGUUGGAAAAUGGAAUUAAAAAUGAGGAAAAUACAGAACCAGGUGCUGAAUCUGCUGAGAAUGCUGAUGAUCCCAACAAAGAUACAAGUGAAAACGCAGAUGGCCAAAGUGAUGAAAACAAGGAGGACUAUACAAUCCCAGAUGAGUAUAGAAUUGGACCAUAUCAGCCCAAUGUUCCUGUUGGUAUAGACUAUGUGAUACCUAAAACAGGGUUUUACUGUAAGCUGUGUUCACUCUUUUAUACAAAUGAAGAAGUUGCAAAGAAUACUCAUUGCAGCAGCCUUCCUCAUUAUCAGAAAUUAAAGAAAUUUCUGAAUAAAUUGGCAGAAGAACGCAGGCAGAAGAAGGAAGCUUAAGAUGUGCAAGAAGCUUAAUGAUUUCAAAGAAAAUAAUGGUUCUUUGUUUUUAAAUGUUAACCUUUUUUAAAUACAAUACAGAUAGUUAGAAGAAAACUAUUGUACUCUUUUGUUAUAGUGGAAAAAUAAUAGACGUCUGUUCAUGUGUUAAGUGUUAUAGCAAAAAUACAUAUACGGUUAAGUUAAUGAAGAAUUGUUUUUGUUUUAUCAAAAUGGUAACAGACAGAAAUACUUGGUAGAGACUGACUUCAUAUGCUACUUAAGACACUUGCAUCACUAAGAAAGAUACGUAGAAACAUUCAGAGAAAUGAAAUUUAGUAGUUCCAAGCUUCAAAGAAAUGUCAAAACUUUUGAUUCCAUUCAAUAAAGAACAAAACCAAUUGUAUUUUUAUUACUUUCAUCUGAAACAUUCCACAUUUUAAUCUGAGCCUUUCAGACUUUUCAUUUGCAGUUCGAAGCAUUUUUGGUUUUGUUUCAUUUUUUGAGAACGUCAUUAAUGUGAGAUUGGUAAUUAAAAUGCAGGUGCAGUUUUCUUUUAUUAAUGUCAUGCUGUUUAGGUAAUAAGAAAUAUUAAGUAAUUGGCUUUAGAUUUUGUAAUUUUUUCCCUAAGUUCCUGCUAGAUUUCGUAUUCUAGUAGUCAAUGUAUUUUUCAGUGAAAUGUAAAAAUAUUCCCAUUCUCUUUGACCAGUAUUAAUUUCUUGAGAUAUUGCUUGUCACUUGAAUCCUGUAGCUGUCAUACAUCUGGUAUAAGCACAUUUGAUUUUUGAAGUGUGUAGACCAUCUCUUCAUAUUUUCAAGAUGUAAUUUUACAUUUCUGCAUUUUAAAAACAGUUUGGCCAUAAUCUUAGACGCACGCUUCUAAUUCAUAUACUGCAUAUGUGACCUUUGUGAACAGAAAUUUGCAUGUAUAAUCUGUGUUUACUUGUAACUUUCUGGUUAUAUACUGCUUAUAUCUGUGGAUUCAAGUUUCUGAAGUGAGUACCAAUAAAAAAAAAAAAACCUAGGCCAUGUUCAUUGGUUAUACAUGUUUGAAAUGUUAACCAAUAUAUUUGUCAGUUGUGGUUUUUAUUCACUGUUACACUUUUUUGCAUGCUUUAACAAAUUAUUACAUUUUUAAUUUAGAGUGUUCUAAAGACUGCUACUAAAGAUCUGAGUUUUAAAGCUUUUGGUGCUGGUGGAUUUCUUGUUCCUGUUACAUAACUGAAAAUGGGACUCUUCAUAGUUUUUUAAAACCUUGGAGUUUUAAGAUGUUAAGGGUGAGGAAAUGGUAAAAGCUCAUGUUUAGACAUGUGUAAGUAUUUAACGAUAAAAUUGGAAGUAACAUGGAAUAACAAGAAUUGGUUUUACCAUUACCAGCCUUUCAAAGUUGUUGGGAUUAUAGGUAUAAGAGAUUAUUGUCAAACAAAUUUUUAAUUUAAAAAAAAAUAAGAAUUUAAGGGAUUCUCUUUGAAACUCUUAGGUCCAAGUGUAUUAAAGGAUAUAUCAAAUAGUUGAAAGAAAUAUUAUGAUCUACCACUGAGGGGCAGGUGACACUUUUUUAAAUGUAACAUGCACAAAAAAUCCUUGCCAGUUUACUUCUGUAGUUUAAUUUUGGCCUUUACUAAUUACCUGCUUUUGUUUAACUCCAACUUUUAACAGCAGCUACACAAAGCAUUUUGUGUACAUGGAAUCCCUUGAUUGUUUUCUGUCAAUGAUAACUUUUCAUAGAUCCUACUUUGUUAGAUAUACCAAGUUGUAGAAAAGAAUGUUUAAUAUCUUCAUUUGAUAGCAUUUGAAAGCAGAAAUUCUCAUAAAUAAAUUGCUAGUGAUGAAUAAAUCUGUAACAGCUAUUUCCCAGAUUAUGGCAAACCUUUAAGAGGAGUGUUUCCACUUUAACCAGCUAUAAAGUUGAAAAUUUUCCUACCACCAUUUUAGUUUUUAGUUUAAGCUGCUGUUAAUCCUGGGUAAAGGAAACUUUUAUAAACACUUCAUGUUUGUUUUACAGUUUUCUUUUAACCGAUUGUUGAUAAAUUCGGCAUAUGAGAGUGACCCUGGUAAGGCUUGAGUUUGCUAGCUGUAGUACUGUGUAUCCUAAAAAUAAUUUUAUUUAAGAUUUUAUUAAUGAGGAAGGUGAAUUUCUGGCUAUAGAGUACACCAGGAAGUACCUCCUCUAGAAAACGGUAUGAUUGCAAGGAACUUUCAAAGGUUAUAUCCUUUCUCUGAAUUCUUUAACCCCUUAGGGUGAUGGGGACAAGUAAAGGAUGUAUAUACCCUAUUAAGUAUUACGGUGGCAUUAAGUUUAUAAAAGGGGAAGGGUACACAUUUUAUGCCUCGCUUUGUUCACAGUGCAUUUUUGGUGGCUUUGACGUGUAAAACAACAUCAUGAAUAAAAAUUGUGACAAAAGAGGCUCAUGGUAUGUAGUGGGAAUCUGUAGGAACACUGCAGAUUAUUAUUUUUAAAUCAAAUUAGUAACAAAAUUGGUAUAGACAGUUUGGUUAGGAUAACAUGCACUAGGGCUAGGAGUGAGUAGCUCUGUGCUCUCUGUACUGGCCUCCAUCAUAGAAAAUGGCCUAGGAUAGCUGAAAGCUCAAGCAUUGAAUGGUUAUGCAUUUGAGGUUAUAUUCCCUGACAAGGACCUUGAGCUGUUUGUUGAGCUGGAGUGCCUCUCCAGUCUGAUGCAGGUCCUUUGGCUGUCAUGGGUAAGACCAAGAUUCUUAUACAACAUGGUAUAUAAACAAAAUGGUUCUGUGAAUUCUUUUUCUUUAGUCGUUCUCAAAUUUUAGCAUGCAUCAGAAUUACCCGGAAGCUUCAUUUAAACAUUGCUGGGCCCUGUUCUUAGAAUUUCAGAUUUGCUAGGUGUAGGGUGGGUGUUAAUAAUUAUCAUUUUUCAAGUUACCAGGUGAUGGUUAUGUCAAGGAUAGAGACCACACUUUGGUUUACCUGUAGCUGAAGUGUUACUGCUAGGCAGUUGUAAUCAAACACCUGGUUUAGAUGCUGUUGCUUGAAGUACUGGUUUUGCUACUGUUAAAAACUAAAAAUAAGGGGAAUGUUGGAAAAUGAUCAUUAUUUGGGGGUGCUCACAAAGCAUUUUUUAAAGAGUUGUUAAUGGGAGACACCCAUUUCAGAGCCCUAGAUAACUGCUUUCCCAAGUCAACCCUUUAUCUUUUGCUUGGAACAUUAAUAAAAUCUUGAACAGCUAA